AUGACCUCAUGCCCGGUGCCCUCUAAUGAUGGAGCAAAAUAUUUGGGACCUGGCAGAGAUAGCUAUGGUCCCUACAGUCGAAUGGAUCGAGGUAGCUAUGGGUUCUCUGAGCCAGAGAGAGCAUAUGGAAAUCGGAGAACUCAGCACCCUUCCCACCUUUCUCAGAUGGGGUGGAGGGGGGAUACAAGACGAGAACUCGGAGGUAAUUUCAGAUCUCCUCCAGCCAUUAGAGGAUCUGGCCGUCCAAUGCCACUUCUGAACCAAGGAACAUUCCGAGAGCUAGCUGGUUUCCAGGGACUAAGGGCAUUUACUGGCAACUCUUACUUCGGUGGAGGAUUCAAGCAGAAGUCCAGAAAACUUUGGAAGGAAAAAAAGAGGCUGGGAGCAGAAGGAGGAGGACCAGUAGAGAAGAAGAUUAAGACGAGCAAUGAGGGUGAUGGAGCAAAAAGUGAAGAGUCUGAAUCAGAAGGAGAUGGAGAACAAGAAGGAGCAGGAACCAGCACACAGACAGAAGCUGAGGACAAACAAGAAGAGGCAGAAGAGACAGACAAGGGUGAUAAGAAACAGAAACCACCACCAACCAAGCAACAGCAGGAGAUCCAGAGCAGACGUCUGCGGGACAGGAUGGUGGAGAGGAUCCAAUUUGUGUGUUCUUUGUGCAAGUUCCGCACCUUCUACAGUGAGGAGAUGACCAGCCAUCUGCAAAGUGAAUUCCAUAAAGAGCAUUUCCGCUAUGUAGGGGGGAAACUUCCCAAACAGUCAGCUGACUUCCUGCAGGAAUAUGUAUCACAGAAGGCCAAAAAGACUGAGGAAAGACGUAAUGCUGUUGAAGACCUCAGUACAACAAUUCAGCAAAUUUACCGGGACCAGGACCUUACCCAGUCCUUGGGAAUGGAACAUUUUGUGAAGAAGGUUGAGGCAGCUCAUUGUGCUGCUUGUGACAUAUUCGUUCCCAUGAACUUCUCCGCACUACAGAGACACAUCCGAACCUCGCAGCACAAUCAGAACCGCAGGAACAUGAUGGAGAACUCGAAGAAGACAGCGCUGGUUGUAGCAAGAAGCAUACUGAACAACAAGCAGAUCAGUCAAAAGCUGGAACGCUAUAUAAAGGGUCAGAAUCCUUUCAUAGAAGAGCAGGAUGAGGCCACAGGAAGUGGCAGCACUGCUCUGGAGGCCACUGAAGGUCAGGAAAUGGUAGAUACAACAGAUGGUUCCUGUGAAAAUCCAGACUUCACAACAUGCAGUUCUCCCACGGCCUCUGUACCCGAGACUGCGAGUUCAGAAGAUGUCUCUGAUAGAAGGAUCACAGAGGAAAGUGAAAUGUCCGCCAGCGGUGGUCAGGAGGGGGUUACAGAUACCGAGGUUAUUGGGGAUUCCAUUCAUGAGCAAUAA